AUGGUCAAGACCGAGCGCUCGCCGUCGACUCAGAGUCGCCGGGCAUCCGGAUCCCAGACCCGCUUGCAGCGAUGGACAGCGGAGCGCCGAGCAUCGCUCGCUUCUUCGUCUUCGCACUCGGGACUCCCUCCCCAUGCGUCACGGUUACGGUCACGGGCAGGGCAUUCGGAGCCGCGCCGUCCCCGACACUCAGAGCCAGAGCGUCCCUCCCUGUCCCCACGACAGGCAUCGCGCUACUCGCUCCCCUCCUUCCAGCGGCCAUCGCUGCGUCAUCCCCAGAUGGAAGCGCAGCCCCAACCAAACACAGGCGCUCGCGCGAGCCACCGUUGGGCCGGGGACAGGAUAGAUAUCUACAAUCUCGCAGGAUGGCAUAUCGUCUCCGUACCUGUGGAGAUGCUGGAGGAGACCUACCCCGGGGGUGCGCGGUGGGAGCAGGUCGUCCAUCUCCUUGAGCGGAUCACGGGCAGGGGCGCGGGACACGACGAUCCGCUGCGGCCGAGGCGGGGACUGGGGAGCUGCCCGCCGUUUGCGAACGCAGAUCGCGGCGAGUACGUCUAUGUCACUGAAGGAUCGCGCCGACGCCAGAUCGAGGCAGAGGUUAAAGCCCGAGACCGCGAUACAUGUGCCAUCACGGGCCUGCGGUCGAAUAUCUGCCGCGCUGUGCGUAUCGCGCCCCCCGAUGCUGAGGAGGCACACGCCAGCGCGAAAGUGCACAACUCGCACAUCACCUCGUGGAUCACCAUGAGUCCCGACCUGGGAGCGUUCUUCGCGCAGGGCGACAUCGCAUUGCAGCCGCGGGACAUCUUCCUGAACACGGCCACGGCGCUCGUGCACGUACUCGCGCCCCCGUCCAAACCCGGGUUCCAGGACUACAAACGCCUGCACGGCAAGCAAGUCAAGUGGGACGCGGGCGACGUGGAUAAUCCGAACUUUGACCUGCUGGACUGGCACUACACGCAGGCCCUGAGGGGUCGGCUGGCCGUAAACUUUGCUCCGUUGACUGAUGCGGCACACAGCGCGCUCGACGAGGAUUCAGAUAUGGAGGAGGAACACUGGCGCGCUGACCGAGAUGAGGCUCUCAGCGAGGUCGGCAGCGCGCGGAACAUGCUCCUGCAACGGGCGGCACUUGGGAUGCCCGAGGAACUCGGCGUCGACGACGAUGAGGAGAGUGCGACGCGAGAUGCUGCACCGGGUACAGCUGAAGGUGAGCCCUCUUCCCAAGCGGAGGAGGAGUUUGAGGAGUGGUACGGUAUUGCCUCCGAAGCCGGCUCGGAUGGAACACCAGUACCGGACAUCAUGGACCCAGAGUCCUCAUCGGAGGACGAGCACGCCGCAGACGAGGGCGUGGUUGAAGAGGACGACAAACGGGAUGCGGACUACGUUCCUUCCGCCUCUCCGCCUGUACAACGGAGGCGCACUAUGGGGCGGCGCUAUCGCAAAUAG